AGACGCUACGACGGGAAGAGGCUUUGCUUGUCCCGGCAACAUAAAAUGGCCGCCUACAAGACGAGUUGCUUUUAAUUGCUCAUAUCCCACUGUGGCUAUACAAGAUGGAUGAAAAAACAGCAUCCACGUGUGAAAUGGUAGUCAAACAAGAAACUUCAGAUGACAUCCAACUUUCUGCAGUUGCUGACUUCAGUCCUCAUAAUUUACUUGAAGUUUUAAAUAGUGCAGACUCUACCUCUCUUCAUUCAUCAACUGAAUAUACCCAACCACAUUUUAAACCAGCAUGUGACACCGGUGUGAAUGCUUCAAUUGACAAUUUUCAUCAAGUAAAAACUGAGAUUUGUGAUGAUUUAACUGACCUGAAGCUGAUGCAUGCUGAAUUGAAUGAUAAUUUAUCUAUUGCCUCUGGUCAAUCAAUUCAAGAUAAAAAUGUAAAAGUUGUUACUGAAAGUUUUCUUGAGAAAUUUGAAAGACAUCAGCCAGUAGACAAAAAUAAUGUGAAUAUGAACAUAAAUAAUUUACAUAAUUAUUAUAAUAGUAAUACGCAGAAAAAAACAAUCAAACCUGGAGAAGUAUGGGAAAUGUGUAGCUUGAAGUUUAUGUUAAAUGAAAAAAAAGUACAUAGACCUAAAAAUGUUGAGCUGGAUCGGAAUAUGCAUGGUUGCAAAGUAUGUGAAAAACGUAAGAAAAAUCACUCAAGUGGAAAAGAUCAAGAGCGUGAUGUGUGUCAUAAGAAAUUUACUCUAAAGGUUAAUUUAGAACUGCAUAAAAAGUUUUCCUGUGUGAAAAAAACAGAGUUGUCUGAUAAGUGCCCAAAAAAGGAUAUUUCUCAAAAACAAUUAACCUUGCAUAAAAAGGUAGAGCCCAAAGAAAAAUUAGAGUGUGAUGUAUGCCAGAAGAAAUUUUCUUAUAAGAGCCAAUUAACUAUUCAUCAAUAUAGCCAUACUGGAGAAAAACCACAUGAGUGUGAAGUAUGUCAAAAAAGAUUUUCAACACUUUAUUAUUUAACAGAGCAUAGAUAUUUACACAGUAAAGAAAAAACUUUUUUAUGCAAUGAGUGCCCUAAAAUGUUUAUGACACAAAAACAACUGAAAAUUCAUAAAAUAGUACAUACAGGAAAAAAAUAUGAGUGUGAUGUAUGUCAGAAAAGAUUUGCUACAAAUUCUUAUUUAACUGAACAUAAAAAAUUACACGGUGACGAAAAAUUCUAUUUAUGUGAUGAGUGCCCAGAAAUGUUUGCUACUAAAAACCGAUUCAACUUACAUAAAAAGGUACAUUCUGAAAGCGAAUUUGAGUGUGAUGUUUGUCAGAAAAAGUUUAAUCGCAAGAACUUGUAUAAAUUUCAUAAAAAAUUUCAUACUAGAGAAAAACCAUCUAAGUGUGAUGUAUUUCCUAAAACUUUUUCUCGGAGUACUUUAAAACAAGAUGAAAAAUUACAUAGUAAAGUUAAUACAGAAGAAACUUAUUUAUGUAAAGAUUGUCCAAAAAUGUAUUGUAGUGAAGAAUUAUUAAUCAUGCAUAAAAAGGUGCAUAAUAAAUAUGAGUGUGAUGAAUGUCACAAAGGGUUUUGUCACAAGCACAAAUUAAAUAGUCAUAAGAAAAUUAAUCCUGUAGAAAAGCCAAAUGAGUUUGAUGGAUGUCAUAAAAGUAUUAAUCAAAGUUGUACUUUGGAACAGAUUAAAAAAGAACCCUUAGAAGAGAUGACACAUGACUGUGAAUUAUCACAUGAACAGGCCACUGUUUGUGGUACUUUGACACACGAAGAAAGAAAAUCAAUUGGUUGUGAUGAGGGAGAAAGAAAGGAUUAUCUGUGUGCUCAUUCAGAAGAACAGAAAAAAAAUCACUUGAGAGAAAAGACUCUUGAAUGUAAUGUAUGUCAGAAGAAAUUUUCUUAUAAGAGCCAAUUAACUAUUCAUCAAUAUAGCCAUACUGGAGAAAAACCACAUGAGUGUGAAGUAUGUCAAAAAAGAUUUUCAACACUUCAUUAUUUAACAGAGCAUAGAUAUUUACACAGUAAAGAAAAAACUUUUUCAUGUAAUGAGUGCCCAAAAAUGUUUAUUACACGUAAACAACUAAGCAUUCAUAAAAAUUUACAUACCGGAAAAAAAUAUGAGUGUGAUGUAUGUCAGAAAAGAUUUGCUACAAAUUCUUAUUUAACUGAACAUAAAAAAUUACACGGUGACGAAAAAUUCUAUUUAUGUGAUGAGUGCCCAGAAAUGUUUGCUACUAAAAACCGAUUAAACUUACAUAAAAAGGUACAUUCUGAAAAAAAGAUUUGAGUGUGAUGUUAGUCAGAAAAAGUAUUGCAAGAACUUGCUAAAAUUUCACAAUGAAGAACAACCAUCUAAGUGUGAUGUAUUUCCUAAAACUUUUUCUUAUAGUAAUUCAAAAGAUGAUAAAAAAGUUACAGGUGACAAAGUGGUCUAUCGGUAGAGAGCUGGACUGCUAACCCUUGAGUCUCAAUUUCGAAUCCAUGUUCAAGUCAGUAGACCGUCCCUGAGUCCACCCAACUCUGAUGGGAACCUAAUUGAUGUUAGGGAAAGUAAAGGCUGCUGGGCAUAGUGCUGACCACACUAUCCCUUCAUAUACCGAGGUCACAGAAACAAGUGAACUCUACCUCACUUGCCCUAUAGACUGUCAGGUUUGAAAGGGAACUUUACUUUUUUAAAAAGUUACAUAGUAAGGUUAAUACAGGAAAAAACUAUUUAUGUAAUGAUUGUCCAAAAAUGUAUCGUUGUGAAGAACUAUUAUUUUAAUCAUGCAAAAAAAGUGCAUUAAUAUGACUGUUAUGUUUAAAAAUGAUUAUGAUGUUUUAAAAUAUAGCAAUUUCUUGCUAUCACACAAACAAUUGUUGUAAGUGUAAUUCACAUACUUAAUGAACUUUAUGCUAUUUUUAAAAUUGCA